GUUUCCACAACAGAGGUUGCAAUGGAGUCUCAGGUCCGGCACAAUUUCCACCAGGACUGCGAGGCCGGGCUCAAUCGCUUGGUGAACCUGAAAUACCACAGCUCCUAUGUGUACCUGUCCCUGUCCUCCUAUUUUGACCGUGAUGAUGUCGCCCUGGCCAACUUCGCCAAAUUCUUCCGGGAACGUUCGGAAGAGGAAAGGGAGCACGCAGAGAAAUUUAUCAAGUACCAGAAUGAGAGGGGCGGGCGGCUCUACCUGCAGAAUGUAGAAAAACCAGAGCGAGAUGACUGGACCAGUGGCUUGGAGGCACUCCAGGUAGCGCUGAAACUGGAGAAGCAUGUCAAUCAAGCACUGUUGGAUCUGCACGGUGUCGCUGGAAGCAAGAAUGACCCUCAUAUGUGCGAUUUCCUGGAAUCUCCAUUUCUAUCAGAGAGCACUGAAGUGAUCAAGAAGCUUGGAGACCACACCACCAGCCUGAGGAAGCUCAGUGGGGGCCAGCCUGGAAUGGGGGAGUAUCUCUUUGAUAAGCACACGCUCGGUUGAAUGCUGCAUUGCUGGAAACCUCUACCUCAUCCUGUGUAGGAGCUAAUCCAACUGGAGACACACACAAGCUGUUUUUUUAAAAAUAACAACCAUUCCAAAUUUCUAGGAGAUUGAAAAAGUUUAUCCUUUUCAAAUAAAAUGUGCCAUGUGACAUGUC